GCUUGCGUGUCCUCUUUUCCCUCUGUCGCCAGGGAAGAGGAAAAGGGGAUGGGAUCAACUCCGGACGGCGUGUAAUCCACGGUGAUGAGAGUUGUGCGUGGCUGCAGAGACGGCCGAGCAGACUGGAUGUUGACUUGCUGGAUUGUGCGAUUGUGCGCGUGUGGUAAUUGAGGGUCGGUCGCAUCUGGGUGUCUGUGACGUGAGCUCGAGUUAUUUUAUUCGCUUCCUCUCGUCCUAACCAUCGCUCUCGUCCGUAGUGGUACGGAGGAAAAGAGCGCCUUGGCUGAUACUCGACGUUCGAAUCGAGCACCACUGUAGCGACGGUUAUUUUAUUUUUGUCAAUAGUGAGCGGACGUGCGACAGUUUAUUAACAUUGAAGCCUGCCGUCUCACCGAGACUAAGCCGCAUGCGAUGGCGAUUGAGGCUCUUGUAACAAGCGCAGUCUGCCUUACUCGACCCGUUCUGUGGUCGCGUUGGGGCCGAAUCGGUGGUGCGUGGGUUCUAGACACGGUUGUUUCCGAACCAACGAAGCCGUUGUGCUAUCUGGGGGCCCUUUUCGCGAACCAAGUCGGUGACGAUGGUGUUGGUGAUGGCGACACGCCAGGUACUCGGCACACAUCACCAUUGCGAAUUCAGGAACGUCAAUCAUGUAUGACACUUACCAUCCAGGCGGACCAGCUUCCACGUGGACGCAGGACCAUUCGAAACGUGUGGAUGCAUAGGGCUGCAGCGCUUGCAAAACGUCAACGGCAGACUCAGCUUACUGGCGCUCCCAAAAGCACCGCUUUGGGUCAUGUCACACCCGGCAUCGAGGAUAUUACACCUCGCUCGCCACUCACAAAGUGCAAACACGCAGCGAUGACAGAAUUGGGCUCGAUGGAAGCCGUAUCACUCCCAGGAAGUGCCCUCACGCGCGCUCUGCGCAACGACGACAAGGACAGGCGGGACGGCAAGCGCAAGGGCAGAGGCUUGUACUCCCAUCUGACAGAACACAGACAGCAAAUCAGACGCAUUGUCUGCGUUUCAAGUUCUUGGGGGUUGACCCCAUUACCCCAAAUGUGCUGCGACUGGGGGCGCAUACAUAUAGAGGAAGCUCUCAGCUGACCACUGCAAAGCAGAAUAGGCAAGGCAAAAGAAGGCGUUGUACGUGUGUGUGGGUGCAAUUACCAUGAUUCCACCCAACGGUUGACUCGGUGUAUACAAUUAUAGCAGAACUAUCUUCAUCGUGGGUUAGUGGGUGCGUGGGAAGGAUGCGACGAGGACGUGCGAGGCGAGGACACAGAGUUUGGGGUCGAGAUCACCCACAGGCUACAAGGGACUUCGGCCAUAGACGUUCAUUGCACGUUACCCGUUCCCACGGUACACACCACGCCCUCACAUGUCCAAUGCCGCAGCAGCAAGGCAGGAUUAUCCCUCAUGAUUCUCAUACCUGCGCGGCGAUCUCUUCCCAGAUCUCCGGUCGC